CUUGAUGCUUGGGCGACCCUAGGCAACAAAGCUGCUUCUAACGGUGCUGGUUAGAUUGCUGAGACCACAAGCGACGACACUUUAACGUUCCGACUGGUCCCGCUUGCUGACACAGCAAAGGGCCAACACACGGCUGCGGCACAUCGUCCGUUUCUAUGCACCAUCGCUGGAUGUAGGCGAUAUCUUUGACAAUACUUCGCAAAUAGGGGCACGCUCGCUGAUCUUUGCGAACCCACCGCCACCGUUUCGGGCGCGACUCUCAGGCGCUAAACUUCUAGCAUCUGAACUAGGAGAAUGGAUCAAUCAGCGCCGAAGAGCCCCACGGCGCGCAAGGGAAGUGAAUCACACAAAGGAAAGGGCCUCCUGAAAGAGCAGCUACAGCUGGCCAAGGUCAGACUCGCGGAUGGCCGCACGCGCUACAGCAUCAAGGCGAUUGAGGAGACCCUGUCCUUUGACAAGGGCUUCUACGUCUUUGUGAGGGCGCUGCAGAUGCUGAAAGCCAACAACACCGGCACGGUGGUGGUGGGUGUGGCGGGCCCGUCCGGCUCCGGAAAGACGGCGUUCAGUGAGAAGAUAAAGGGCCUCAUGCCGGGAGUGGCGAUUAUCAGCAUGGACAUGUACAACGACGGCACCAAGGUCAUCGAUGACAACUUUGAUGACCCCCGCCUGACCGACUACGACACACUGCUCCGCAACCUGACGGACCUGCGGGACGGCAAGGAGGUGCAGAUCCCCAUAUACGACUUCCGCACCAGCCGCCGUGUGGGCUACCGGGCCCAGCCGGUGCCGGAGGCGCGUGUGGUGCUGGUGGAGGGCAUAUACGCACUCAGCGAGCGCCUGAGGCCGCUCAUGGACCUGCGUGUGUCCAUCACCGGCGGCGUGCACUUUGACCUGGUGAAGCGCGUCAUGCGGGACAUCAGCCGCAGCGGCCAGGGCCCGGAGGAAAUCGUCCAGCAGAUCACCGACACGGUGUACCCCAUGUACAAGGCCUUCAUCGAGCCCGACCUACAGACCGCACACCUGCGCAUUGUCAACAGCUUCAACCCCUUCUCGGGCUUCAUGAACGCCACCUACAUCCUCAAGUCCAAAAAGGUGCCUGACAUUGACACCGUCAUCAAAGUGCUGGAGUCCCACGGCACGGUGACGCAGCGGCGCGAGGUGGACAUCUACGACAUCUACCUGCUGCCGCCCAACGAGGACCCCGAGACCUGCCAGUCCUGGCUGAGGAUGAGGAACAGGGACGGGCGGUACAGCCUCAUGUUCGAGGAGUGGGUGAGCGAGGGCCCCUUCAUCAUCAGCCCGCGCAUCAGCUUCGAGGUGGGCGUGCGCAUCCUGGGCGGCCCUCAUGCCGCAGCACCCGGAGCGGCAGCCGCCGCCGCAGCAGGCGAAGCCGGCGGCGCCGCGGCAGAGGCGCAGGCCGCGGCUCCGCCGCCGCCGCCGCCGGCUUCGCCGGCGGCGGCUGCCGCCGCGCCUGUGCGCGGCCCGGCUGCGGUGGCUGAGGAGCUGACAGUGAAGCUGGACGAUGUGGGGGGCCUGGGGCGGUUCGUGCAACUGCUGGGUCGUGACCGGGAGCGGGUGGCGGCUCUGGGCCGGGAGCUGGGGCUGGAGGGAAGCUACAUCCCGCGCUCCUACAUUGAGCAGGUCCAGCUGGAGCGGCUGACGCACCGGGAGACGAACCAGCAGCUGGCACAGCUGGCCGCCGCCACGUCAGCACUCGCCGCCAACGUCCAGGCCACACUGACGGCGGCCGCCGCCAACGGGCCCACCGCGCACACCUCAGCAGGUAGCGGCGGCGCCUCGGCGGUUGGCGGCGCCGGAAGUGGCAGCUGGGAGGGGUUCUUUGGCGGGAGCGGCAGUGGCGGCAUGUACGCGGCGGCGGGCGUGGCGGCAGUGGCGGUGGCGGCGGCGCUGGGCGCGGGGCUGGUGUUGGGGCGCGUGCUGAGCUCUAGAAGCUAGAGCGCAGUAGAGCGCGACGCUGACCGACUUGAGGAGUGCCCUGUGCGAGCGAGAGGGAGAGGGAGCGCUUUUGCCCUGUGUAAGGUGCUAAAGGUGCGUGUUAUUUGAUGUUACCGCGCGAUGCGCAUCCAUUGCAACUCGGAGUGCGGUAUGGUAUGGAUGGUGUGGAUCUGGAUCUGGUGACGCAGCGCAGCUUGCCACAUCAGCACUCGCCGGCAAUGUUUAGGACAGACUGCACACGAUUUGCGUGAAGUGACUUGAGCGAAAGCGAGGCAAAGGAGAGGGCUUGGUUCUGGUGGGAUGUAGGAACCCCGCUCGUUCAUGGUGGCGUGUUGGCAUGUUCCGAUGGUUUAUGCGGUUUCCUGUGACGCGGCCUCGCUAAGGUAGUUGCCCUCCAAGUAAUGUUUGUUGGGGUCGAGCCACCCCCAGGCCCCAACUGUAUAUUCUUCGAUGACCGCACGUCUCUGGCAUUAUUCAGACUUCCAGUCAAGGGCAGACUCUGGUUCCAACUCAACGUGAAAGCGCUGUGGGCAGCUUAAUACCGGGCCCCGUCCUGCGCGCUGCCUUUCCACCUGGGGCUAUUUCAGGCGUGCGUUGAUUGCCGCUUGGCCGGCGGCAGGUGGGACGACGCAGGCUGUGAGAACCAAUAUCGGUGGGAUAAAGAUAUCCCGGUAUGAAUCGUUAACGUAGUUAUUUGGACGGUUGGCUGUUGGCUACGGCCGUGUCGAACCAUAGGACCGUUACACAGGGGGUAAGAGGAGGUAACCCCAACAAAAUAGUUACGGUAACACAUGCACGUUACACAGGCACGGGGGUGGGGAUGGGGGAACCAGAGAUUGUGGGGAUGCAUGACCUACUUGCAUCAGAAUCACAAGAUAG